CAAUUGCGCUACACAAACGGACACGGGGAUUCCCCUGCAAAUCUACGAAGACCCCACACCAUUCUCGCCCCCCACCACGAAUCUGCCAGUCCCAUUUCAUUUUCCUUUGUAUUGUACACUGCUACAAUUUUGAAUUUCACACCCACACAAAAUCAAGAAGUAGCAGAGUGAAAGUUCUAGACAGAAUCAAGAAUUUCGAUAGACAACCCACGAUCCAUUAACCCAUUUGCUGCUUGAACUAAGAAUCAUGCCAUCAGGUGCUAAGAAGCGUAAAGCGACCAAGAAAAAGAAGGAAAACGAAUCAUCUUCCAACUCCAAUCAACCUGUUUCUACUGUUGACUCUCAUGGAGAUGAUGAUUUGAAGCACCAAGAUAAUAAAGAGACGGACGUUGGAGAGCUCAGCUCUCCUGUGUCUCAGGACCACCGUAGCCACCAGCAACAUUUUGCGGAGGAGGAGGAAGAAGUGGAUAAGAGAGAGGACUCUUCAAAUUUUGUGUUCAUUGAAGGAGUGAAAAAUGAGGGUGUCGAAGAGCAAAAAAUGGUGGCAGAAGAAGGGAGUGUUGUUCAGGUUGAAAAGGAAUUGAAGAAUAAGGGCGAAUACCAAAAGAAAGACAUUGUGGUUGGGUAUGAUGAGCUCCCGGAGAAAUCUUAUGAUGGAGGUGUGUCAGGAAGCUCUAGUAGUAGCAGUGGCAGCAGUUCUGAUGAUGAAUCACGUGGUCUUGACAUGGAUAAAGCUACCGUAUUUGAUGCUUCAGUUGAUUUAGCUGAGGCAGCGGACUCUUUGUCUGAGAGGCCGGCUCAAGCUAUUCAUGUUGCUUUGGAGGAGGAGGCUGGUGAUUCAAUUGUGCAAACUUGCACUGUUAUUGGUUCAGAGAAAGUUUCACUGUUGAACGAGGAGGUGGAAGUAAAUACGAGUGCUUCACUUGAUAUUUCGGAGGCUUCUCAUAUCUCAGAAUCAGAAUUGAAGGAAAAUUUGGAAAAUUUGAAGUCUGUUGAAGAGAAUGUUGUCUUUUCUGCUGCUAGUAUGGAUGCGGCACCUGUCAGGGAGGCGGUGGAAGCAGCUGUUCAAUCAGCUGAAAAUGCUGCUGAAACUUCAGAUGCCAAGGAGUGCACAAUACAGGAGACUGAUGACAAAUUGACUUUGUCAUGCAGUGUACCUAGAGUUAAUGAUAAUAAUGGAGCAGAACAUGAGAAAGAUUCUGAAUUAUCUAAGCCAGUGGUAGCUCCUACUCUGCAUCCAGUGCAAACUACUUCCUGGAAGAGUUGUUGUGGACUGUUUGAUUUGCUGACAGGGUCUGGUAGAUAAUUCAAGUGCUAUUUUCGGGGGUUCCGGCAAACUUUAUCCGAUAGCGGUGUGGAAAACGCACCAGAAAGUGGUGUUGAAUGAGAUUUAAUCUCUCAAAACGGGGAGCUUCAUUUUAAAAUUCGAGGGAUUUAGAGGAUUUCACAGUGGAUUCAGGACUUCCUCGUGGGAUUGAUUCCUACUCAAAAACAAAGAUGAGUAGCAUUUUCAUUGAUCUUAUAUCCCCGUAUUUUUACAUAUAUUUGGUUUGGUUUUCAGGUCUAUAAGCAUUCAAAGUUUUGGAAUAAUUUGAUUUUCAUAUUUGAGUACAUAUGAAUAUCGCAAACAAUUAAUCAAAACCCUUUUUGUGUUACCAUGGGGUAUAUACAGUAUUUAACAUGCAAGUUGAACUUGUUUUAUUGUAGCUAAGUAAACCCAACGGCUCUUAAUGCUACAUAUGGAUUAACAAUGAAUGAAGCAUAUUUGGGUAUAGAUAGGUAAAUGCACAGCAUGAAGUGGUUAAGGUCUACUUGGUAAAAUGUUUUUAUUUAUUAUAAUAACUAUGAAAUUUUUUAUUAUAUGCAACUCGUGUGCUAGUAAAGUUCUAUAACUUUUCUUUGUCCUAAAAUCUCAGCAUUCUAAUGAUUCUUUAUAACAUAAAAAGUAACAU